AUGGUGAUCUGCCUCAGGACGCCUUUACCGUCGAUGAUGAAGAGACCUCUGAGCACAGUUUCAAAGCCGGCACCACACUGGGAAGGAACGGCCGUCAUCAACGGUGAAUUCAAGGAGCUGAAGUUGUCCGACUACAAGGGAAAAUAUCUCGUCUUUUUCUUCUAUCCUUUGGACUUCACAUUCGUCUGUCCCACUGAGAUUAUUGCAUUCAGCGACCGUGUGCACGAGUUUCAGGCCAUUAACACGGAAGUGGUCGCCUGCUCGGUGGACUCCCAGUUCACCCACCUAUCCUGGAUUAACACCCCGAGGAAACAGGGCGGACUUGGACCGAUGAAAAUCCCUCUGCUGUCUGACCUCACUCACCAGAUUUCUAAAGACUAUGGAGUGUACUUGGAGGACCAGGGCCACACACUGAGGUCAGCCACACGCUCGUUUAUGUCUGUGAUUUUAUUUCUUCAUUUUGGUUAA